ACCCGUUGGCCGUCAGCCAAUCAGAGCCGGCCGACUGGACGAGUUGGUAACCUCUUCGUGUGUGCGUGUCAUGUUUUUAGUUGUCAAAAAUGUCUCAGGCCGGCACGAAAAAAGGGGCUGUUUCGAAAAUUAACAAAAAUGUAGCCAUAAAUAGUCUUAUAGUUUUCGUAGUUUUAUUAUUAGCGUGGGUGGCGGGCUUCGCCUCCAGACUUUUCGCCGUUAUACGGUUUGAAAGUAUUAUCCAUGAAUUCGACCCGUGGUUUAACUACAGGGCCACAGCCUAUAUGGUAAAACAUGGGUUUUACAAUUUUUUAAAUUGGUUCGAUGAGAGAGCGUGGUACCCUCUGGGCCGUAUAGUCGGGGGUACCGUUUAUCCAGGCCUUAUGUUAACAUCGGGCAGUAUACAUUACAUUCUGCACUUGUUACAUAUUAAUGUACAUAUUAGAGAUAUAUGCGUCUUUUUAGCUCCUAUUUUUAGUGGUUUAACAGCUAUUUCAACGUAUUUUUUAACGAAAGAAUUAUGGUCUACUGGAGCUGGACUGUUUGCAGCCUGUUUUAUAGCAAUCGUACCAGGGUACAUAAGUAGAUCAGUAGCUGGGUCAUAUGAUAACGAAGGCAUAGCGAUAUUUGCCCUCCAGUUUACGUAUUUUUUGUGGAUUAAAUCUGUGAAGACUGGGUCGGUGUUCUGGGCAGUUGCAGCAUCACUUUCAUAUUUUUACAUGGUGUCAGCAUGGGGCGGUUACGUAUUUAUAAUCAACCUAAUACCUCUCCACGUUUUUGUCUUGCUCUUGAUGGGAAGAUUCUCGAACAGACUGUUCACCAGCUACACGACGUUCUACAUUUUGGGCUUGGUAAUGUCCAUGCAGAUACCGUUUGUAGGGUUCCAGCCGAUCAGAACGAGCGAACACAUGGCCGCUGCGGGGGUGUUCGCGCUGCUCUUCGCCGUCGCCGUUUUGAAGUACCUCCAGUCGAUGCUGUCCAAGUCCGAGUUUAAAUCUUUGGUCAUAUUCGGAGGCCUUAUAGCGGCUGCGGUUGUGUUUGUAACUGUGGUUCUCUUGACGUAUGCCGGGUACAUAGCUCCUUGGAGUGGAAGGUUCUACUCGUUGUGGGACACUGGCUACGCAAAAAUUCAUAUUCCUAUCAUCGCCUCAGUGUCUGAACAUCAGCCUACAACGUGGUUCUCGUUUUUCUUCGAUCUGCACGUACUAAUCCCCACUUUUCCAGCUGGUCUGUGGUACUGCAUCAAGAACGUCAACGACGAGAGAGUCUUUGUGAUAUUAUACGCCCUGAGCGCUGUAUAUUUUGCUGGCGUGAUGGUUAGGUUAAUGUUAACGUUGACUCCAGUGGUGUGCAUGCUAAGUGGGGUAGCGUUUUCCGUCAUACUAGAAUUGUUUGUGAAAGAUGAGGACAGUAAUUCGCAUCCUGAUACUGAAAACGAUGAAACGUCGCAUGGUGGGAAACGUCUAUAUGAUAAGGCUGGUAAAGUACCCAAAAUCAUCAAGCACGAGUCGAAAGAACAAGACGCCAUUGGUCCUAACCUCCGUAGUAUAGCUGCGGUAGUCUUUGUUCUUUUACUGAUGCUGUUCGCAGUGCAUUGCACUUGGGUAACCAGCAAUGCUUACUCGAGUCCCAGUAUAGUACUAGCGAGCUACGGAAGCGACGGUACCAGGCAAAUUUUAGACGAUUUCAGGGAAGCCUACUUCUGGUUAUCUCAAAAUACUGCGGAUGACGCUAGAGUUAUGAGUUGGUGGGAUUACGGUUACCAAAUAGCCGGGAUGGCUAACAGAACUACCUUGGUGGAUAAUAACACUUGGAAUAACAGUCACAUAGCUCUGGUGGGUAAAGCAAUGUCGUCCAAUGAGAGCGCGGCUUACGAAAUCAUGACGGCGCUGGACGUGGAUUAUGUUCUGGUCAUUUUCGGAGGUGUCAUAGGAUAUUCCGGUGAUGAUAUUAACAAAUUCCUGUGGAUGGUUCGUAUCGCCGAAGGGGAGCAUCCCAAAGAUAUCAAGGAAAGCGAUUAUUUUACAGAACAUGGCGAAUUCCGCGUAGACGCUGAAGGUUCACCAACCCUGUUAAACUGUCUGAUGUAUAAAUUGAGUUACUACAAAUUUGGAGAACUGAAGUUAGAUUAUCGUACCGCUAGUGGUUAUGACAGGACCAGAAAUGCUGUCAUAGGAAAUAAGGACAUUCAAUUGACUUAUCUGGAGGAGGCUUACACAACUGAACAUUGGCUAGUGAGAAUAUACAGGGUUAAAAAGCCAGAUGAAUUUAAUAGACCUAGGAUACCAGUCGCAAAUAGAGUUAUUAAGUCUACGUUUGUUUCAAAAAAGAACUCCAAACGUAAGAAGGGCGUCAUCAAGAAUAAACCUGUCAUAGUGAAAGGCAAAAAACCGGCAGUAAAAACACAGUAGAGUCGUCAAAGGAGAUCGAAAUAAGAAAGUACAAUACAAAAAGAAAUAAGAAAAAAACUAAUAUUUUGUUGUUAUUGUUUAUAUAAAGACACUUGUUCGGAAGAAACUGAAAAAAUGUACUGAUUUUAUGUAAAACUCUCUUAAUUUUUGUUACAUUAUAUUUGAGUGUAAGUUCACUAAAACCUCCAUUUUAUUUUCUUAAAUAUUUCAAGCAUAAUUUUACUUGGAACAGCAUAAAGAAAUCUGCAAUCUCAACCAGAUUAUCACUUCUAACAAUUGUGUUUUACUAUAAUUUGAUUAACUAAAAA